CACCGGGACCGACUUGUCUUCACUCCCGGCAGCUCCUCCGGUCCCCUCCGCGUGCUUCUUUUUUCCCCACUCGCUUCUGUUACAAAUGGGAUUCUGACGGAGAGCCGCGGCUCCUCCCGGCCGGAAAAUGAAGCGUCUCUUUCGGCGGCUGGCGGUGGCCGUGGCCGUGCUGGUGUGGCUGGGGGCGCUGGUUUACCUGCUGGCGCUGAGCCGGAGGAGGCUACCGGAGCUCGGUACCGGUGCAGGAGGAGGAGGAGGAGGAGGAGGCGGAGGAGGAGAGACGGUGUCCAACCAGAUGUCGGAGGCGGAGUGGGAGGACAUGCUGGAGGGCUUUGAUGAGCGGGGCUACCUGGGCGCCCGGCGCUGGAAGCCCGGUGACGACCCGUACACCUUGUACGCCUUCAACCAGAGGGAGAGCGAGCGCAUCCCCAGCAACCGCGCCCUGAGAGACACACGCCACUACAGGUGCUCCACUCUUCAUUACGACUCUGAUCUUCCCCCGUCCUCCAUCAUCAUCACCUUCCACAAUGAGGCCAGAUCCACCCUGCUGCGCACCGUCACAAGCGUCUUGAACCGGACUCCAGUUCAUCUCAUCCACGAGAUCCUCCUGGUGGACGACUUCAGCGACGACGAAAGCGACUGCCGGCUUCUCACCAAACUGCCCAAAGUGAAAUGUCUGCGAAACAUCAAGAGAGAAGGUCUGAUCCGCUCCAGAGUCCGCGGGGCCGACGCCGCCAGGGCCGCCGUCCUCACCUUCCUGGACAGCCACUGCGAGGUCAACAAGGACUGGCUGCCCCCCCUGCUGCAGAGAAUCAAACAGGACCCGACCUGUGUGGUCAGCCCGGUCAUCGACAUCAUCAACAUGGACACCUUCGCCUACGUGGCGGCCUCCGCUGACCUCCGAGGAGGCUUUGAUUGGAGUCUCCACUUCAAGUGGGAGCAGCUGUCUGCAGAGCAGAGGGCUCGCCGGACCGACCCCACGCAGCCAAUCAAGACCCCCAUCAUCGCGGGCGGCCUCUUCGUGAUCGACAGGUCUUGGUUCAAUCACCUCGGCAAAUACGACACGGCGAUGGACAUCUGGGGGGGGGAGAACUUCGAGAUCUCCUUCCGGGUGUGGCAGUGUGGGGGCAGUCUGGAGAUCCUGCCCUGCAGCCGAGUGGGUCACGUCUUCAGGAAGAAACACCCGUACGUCUUCCCCGACGGCAACGCCAACACCUACAUCAAGAACACGCGUCGCACGGCUGAAGUGUGGAUGGACGACUUCCGUCUCUUUUACUACUCGGCUCGGCCCGCCGCACGAGGCAAAUCCUACGGAGAUAUUCGAGGCAGAGUGGAACUGCGCAAGAAGCUCAAGUGUAAAUCCUUCAAGUGGUACUUGGACAACGUCUACCCAGAACUCAAGGUCCCGGACGACUCGGACUCGGAGUCCGGGGUCGUCCGCCAGAGGCAGAACUGCCUGGAGUCUCGCCGGCCGGAGGGCGAGGAGCCGCCCGUCCUCACGCUGGCCCCCUGCGCCGGGGCCGGGGGGGCCGCCGCCCCCAACCAGGAGUGGCUGUACACUCACGGGCAGCAGAUCCGACAGCAGCAGCACUGCUUGUCUCUGUCCACCACCUUCCCGGCAUCGCAGGUCCUCCUGAUGCCCUGCAACAUGGCCGACGGCAAGCAGCGGUGGCAGAAGUCGGGCACCCACCUGGAGCACCUGGUGUCCCGCUUCUGCCUGGACUCGGAGAUGGCUCUGGACGGGAUGGACUCGUCCCGCAUGCUGGUCAUCAGCCCCUGUGAGCUGAGCGCGUACACGCAGAGGUGGGAGGUGCCCUUCUCCUGACCCUUCACCCCGUGACCUUUCACCCCCCCGCGGUGUCACCCGCUCUCUCGGGCCGAGGCGCCGGGCGGAAGGUUUAGGAAGAGGAAGUGACGUGUGGGAUUAAAGAUGGAAGGAAGAGACUCAAAAAGACUCCGAAGGUUUUCCUUGUGACUCUUUGAGGAUGUGGAAUAAAAACCAGGCACAAGUCACGUCCUUUGAAGACGGAUUAGAGGUCAAAGCGUCCUUCCUGCAGCAUCCAGAGGGUGAAACCAGGAAGUGAAGGUCGAGUCCUCUCGGGCUCAUUAGCAUAAGGACGGCGAGCCGAGGAGGAAGCAGAGACAGGAUGAAAGAAAAGAAGCAAAAGGCCGACAGCUUUGUACCAAAAGAGAAACGACCUCCUGCUUCCAAUGAGAACACUUUGUCUCCAUAAAGAUCAUUUCCCCCAAAAAGAAACCGUGGCGAUGAAAAGGAGACUUUGUUUCAAAUGGAAACACGAGUCAACCAACCUCAAACUGGAGCAUUUCUAAUCGUGGAGACGGAUUCUCUUCCAAUUGUGUCCCAGCUUUCUUGUGUUUGAAAUCAUCUUCUGCAUCGUUUUGAUAAUCCUGUUCUUCUCCUGAAUAAAGGUUUUAUAACA